CGGACCGAGCGAACAAGUUUCUUUCCAACCGGCAAAGCGAACGCCUCGUGGUCGUGCGGACACGUUUCGAAGUCGAAGUGCUCUUGGGCAGCCAGUGCGUGGGGUUUACGUACUACACACUCCUGUCGGCGUAGCGUAUAGCGCGGUGUGCGUGUUCGUGCGUUGUGUUUGCGCUGUGCGAGCUUUGCUGUCGCGUCUUGGCAGGUGCGCGCUUGGGUUGAAGUGAAGAGUUUUCCAGUGCGGCGUGCAGAGAUACAGUGCGGUACAGUGCGAUCUUGGAGCAUUCGUGUGGCGUGACAAUUGGUAUUGUGAGGAAAUUUAGCACAUCGUCGUUCGUUUUUUGUGUGUGCAUAGGGAAAGAAAGGAGAAUAAAUUGCGGCGUGUUUUUGUGCGUACUAUGUAAACUGUCGAAGAGAUAAAGUUAACGGCAAAGGUGGUGCAACUUGUAACGUUUUCUCGAAGCCAAAAAAGAAUGAAUUUAAAGUGCAAAAAGCAAGGCUACUGGUGUGACGAUAUGUGCUAAAAAUUAAGACGCAAUGUUUACCGUGUGUUAAGUGACAGAUAAGGCAGAUAGUUCCAUUCACUGCUGUAGUUGUUCAUGAUCUCAUCCCGCGUUGUUUGUGUGGGAUAAUUGGCGAGAUUUGUUUGAUUAAAAAUUCAGACCCUUUUGUUAACGGCCUCCCAUAAAACAAAAAUGCUCGAAGAAGCCGAUCUGCGAUCAGGCAAGAUGUUGUGUCGGACGAGCAGUCCGCCACCGCCGUGCAGCAGUCCCGCUGGGUCGGAAAUAUCCGUCGGCUCGCCGAGUCCACCGCCCAUCGGAAGCGAUUCAGCCCACCCCGCCCAUCUGCCCCAUCCGCACUCGCUAGCGGUGACGCACCUGGUCCACCAUCAUCCGCUCGUUCACCCGCACCAUCCGCACCAUCCGGCGGCCCUGCAUGCCCAUGCCGCGGUCAGUGCACUGCAGGCCCGGGCCGAAGACUACUUCACGCCUCUCAAGCGGCUGCGCAUGGUGGAGGGUGGUAGUGGCGUCGAACUCGCCAGUCCGCCCGGUGGCAGUCCGAAGGAAUCCAUCAGCCGGGGCUCGAGCCCCACGACGCCCAUUAACAGCGCGAGCAGUGCAAACACGGUCACCUCGCCCAACAAUAGCGGCAACUCGGCCACCACCCUCACCACCAGCACUACCACCAGCAGCAACACUACCAAAUCGUCCUCCGGGUCGACUGCGGCCGAAGGCGUCAAGUCGUUCUCGAUUGCCGACAUCCUGGGACGCGACGCGGAGGCUGCAAGCCGGGAGGGAACGCGGGAACCGAGCCCACCGCCGAUGAAUCCCGCCCUGCACCAUGCUUCCCUGUCGCACCAUCACCUGCAUCUCACCGGUCACCAUCCGGCGGCCCAUCUGGCGGCGGCCCACCACCACCACCAUCACCAUCACAGCAGUAGCACGCUGCAGCAGGCGGCGUCCAAAAUCGUGCGACCCUGGGACCAUCUGCGGGGGCCGAUCCCGGUGCGGCCCUUUCUGCCACCGGCUCUGCUGCACUACGAGCACCGGCUAGCCCUGGACUACCACCAGCAGCUGCAGGAACACUUCCGGGCGCAGGCCCAGCUGCUGCGGCACAUGAGCAUGGACAUCAUCCCGUCGGAGAGUGGGUCGGAGCGGUCGAGCUCGGCGGCCAGCGAUUGCUGUUCGCCGGAAAUUGGCCGCGGGUCGGACCACCAGAGCCACCAGUCGUCUCAGUCCUCGUCGUCUGGGGUGGGCGGUGGAUCGGCGGGUGCGGGCGAUGGUACUGGCCGAACCGGUGCUAACGGAGGCUCUAGCGGGGCAGCCAAAUCGGGCAGCAAGACGGCACCGAACGGGACGCCGCUCGAUGCCCUGUUCCAGAUGACGAACAAGAACUUCGACGAAUCGAACGAAGAAAGUGAACAAUCGCAUUUAAACCUGUUCGCCAACCGACCGCAGCCAAAGAAGAAAAGGAAAUCACGGACGGCGUUCACCAACCAUCAGAUCUUCGAGCUGGAGAAGCGGUUCCUGUACCAGAAGUACCUGUCACCAUCGGAUCGGGACGAGAUAGCGGCCGCCCUCGGCCUUUCCAACGCACAGGUCAUCACCUGGUUCCAGAACCGACGGGCCAAGCUGAAGCGCGACAUGGAGGAGCUGAAGAAGGACGUCGAGACGGUGAAGGUGCUGUCCGCACACAAAACGUUCCUGGAGAAUGUGAACGAUAUGAACAUUCUCAAGAAGAAAAUCAUGCACGACGACGGUGGCAGCCCACAGAACGCAUCCUUCCUACAUCCCCACGGUCUGGAUAGAGUGGCGUAAGUGUGCAAAGGGCUCUACGCACUUUCGCAAGUACAGCAGCGGAGUCGACCGGCUCCCGCUUGUGGCAAUAUUCGAUUUUAAACUGUCUGUUAGUGUGUUGGCCCGCACGUUUUGAAUGCUAUGGUGUGGCCACCGUCUGUGUUCACCUCACACACCAUACGGGAAGGAUCCUAUCUUCUUGUUCAGUUUUGUACAUAUAGCGAGUAAAUGAAUAUGUGAUGUUUUGAUUUUGGGAACGUUCUUUCUGUGUAUCUGGCAAGACGCAACGGUGGCAAGACUGCAAAUCAGAUUUUAGACUUGUACAUGUGUAACACUCACGCGUAAUUAUUUUAGCUAGAGGUAGCGACCGAUUCAGCACCGAUUCAAAGAUGAAGAAAAGUAUUACUAUUGAACGUAACAAUACCAUAUUCUAUUGGUGGGCGAGCGCCCCUCUUUGUUUGCCGUUUUGUACUGCAGAUUAGGUUAGGUUACUGUUGUGUGAUAACUGCUCGCGUUGACGCGUUGGAGAUGUUUUUUUUAAAUAUGUUUUUUCUUAAGGUCCUAACGAACGUCAACUGAUGUUUGUUUGUUUUGUAUGACCGGCGGGAAGUUUGUGUAGAUAUGUUUCUCAUAGAAGAAGAUACAGAACUGGUGUGGCAGCGUUCGGUUGGAGUGUAGUAUGUGAAUGUGUAGAAUCAUCGCAAGCCCCUUUGCCCGAUCGAUGUGAACAGAGCUCAACCCAAGGCUGCGUAGCGUAUGUAGGUAUAUUAAUUUAAAAGCACUAGCAAAAUAUGUAGCAGGAAAAUCUCACCCAAACGUGUACUACCGAUAGCAAAACUUCUCGCAACACAUCCUCAGCUUCUGUAAGACCCAGUGUAUUUCGUGAUUGUAAAGUUUAUAGACGUAAGAAAAGGCUGCUAGCUGUACACGUAAACCCCAGCUAGGAUAUAGCAAACGACCGUCUCGCGCGUCACUGAUGUAAAACUGUGACCAACGAAACCUUCGUACCCAUGUGCAAGAAUGUACAGACGAAUUGGAAAAGAAAACAUCAAGAAAUACAUGAAAAUGAACAC